UUUUAUUCUGCUUUCCCUCAUUCUAUUGUGUUCAUGUUCCAUUUCGGUCUGCUGCAUAAGGGGACCUGUACAAGUCUGGUCGGCUUGGUUGUGUCUUUUGAAACUGACGUCCGGUGUGGUAUUGCCUACUGACCACUGAGCGAGCAAAUUCGAGAUCAACUGAAAAUGAAAUAGAAAUUGUAUUCUCCUCUUCCGAACGAAACGAAGGGAACAGCAUCAAAAUAAAAACCCUACUACGGUUCUUCCAAUUCAUCUCUCUUCCCAGAAGAAAGGCCAUGGAGGAUACUGAACCGGAUCAUAUGAAAAGGCCUCCCCAGCAAAAUAAUGCAGAAAAUGAAUGUGCAAUAUCACUUGUGGUGGUGACUAAUGUGGGGCAGGAGAGUCACAGCUCAAAGGAUUCCUCUGCUGCAGACAGUAACAAGAUCAUUGACACACAGAUGAAGCGUGCAAGCCCAAAUGUUUGUCCUGUUGACCAUAUUCAGAUAGAAAAUGAUGAUGAAUGUCAAAUCUCGAACACUUCCCCUGAUGACAUAUUUCAUAUUAAUGUCAGUAGUGGACAGCUGUGUCAGAACCCCAAUACUACCUCUAUAUCAAUGAUCAAUACUGAUGUAGAAAAUGAGGACCAAAUAGAUAUGGAACCACAGAUUGGCAUGGUGUUUGAAUCAGAAGACCAUGCUUACAAGUGUUAUAGCAAGUAUGCUGUUCUGAAUGGUUUCAGCGUAAGAAAGGAUUUUGUCAACAAAAGUAGGUUAGAUGGUGCAGUGAUGUCCAGAAGAUACACCUGCCACAGACAGGGUUAUCGUCCUAACAAGAAUACUACAAACCUGAGGAGAAUCCAGCACGAAACCAGGACUGGUUGCUUGGCUCAUAUGACUAUUGUUCGUCAGCCGAAUGGCAAGUUUCUUGUCACACAUUUUGAAAGAGAGCACAAUCAUGAGUUUGUAUCACCGUCUGCUUCUCAUAUGUUACCAUCACAGAGAAAAUUGUAUUUUGCUCAAGCUCUGGAAACGUGCUUAGUUGAGUCCCAAUUGGAUGGGGUACCAAAACUAGGAAUGAGAUUUGACGCAGAGAACCAUGCGUAUGAAUUUUAUAAUACAUAUGCUGGACGUGUAGGUUUCAGUGUAAGAAAAGAUUAUGCAAAUAGGAGUAAAGUUGAUGGUGCAGUAGCGUCUAGAAGGUUUACUUGUUUCAGGGAAGGUUUUCGGAAGAAAGACAAACAGGAUGGGAAUGCAAAGAGACCUCGGAAGGAUACUAGAAUUGGUUGUUUAGCACAGCUGCUUAUUUCUCGUCAACCUGAUGAUAGGUAUCAUGUAACUCACUUUGAAGAAAAGCAUAAUCAUGAGCUUGUUCCUCCAUGUAGAGUUCAAAUGUUAAGAUCACAGAAGAGAUCAGCCGCAACUGAAGUCGAAAACAACAUUGUAAAUGGAGAUGGAUCCAACUUACUGCCUAAUUCAACCGCUGAAAUCAAUUGCAGGACAGUUGAAGGUUUUGCUGACCAAGAUUAUGAUCCCAUAGGUUAUGAGCAUAAACUACCUUUCAAAUGUACAAGAGAAAUAAAAGAGGGAGAAAUUGAAAAGAUUAAGGACCACUUUCAAAGAAAGCAAUCAAAGAACCCUUCUUCCUUUUAUGCUUUCCAGCUUGAUGCUGGUGAUCAACUAACUAAUAUAUUUUGGGCUGAUUCAAAGAUGAUAGUAGACUACAGUGAUUUUGGUGAUGUUGUUUGUUUUGAUAGAAGUUAUAAAUUUUACAAAGACUGCCGCCCAUUUGCUCCAUUCCUCGGUGUAAAUAAUCAUAAGCAAAUGAUUAUCUUUGGUGCUGCACUUCUGUAUGAUGAAUCUGUGGAAUCUUUAAAGUGGCUGUUUCAUGUUUUCAUUGAGGCAAUGUCUGGAAGGAAGCCAAUGACAAUCUUAACAGAUCAGGAUGCAACAAUAGCUGAAGCAAUCAAUUCUGUAUUACCUCAAACAAAUCACCGAGUUUGUGUAUGGCAUAUCUACCAGGAUGCCUUCAAGCAACUGACUCGUAUGUCUGUUGAAUCUGAUUCUUUUGUACAUGAUUUGAGCAGCUGUGUGUUUAAUCAUGAGGAAGAAGAGGAUUUUGUUAAUGCAUGGAAUGCUCUCCUGGGCAAUUAUAAUCUGUGGGAUAAUGAAUGGUUGUGUGAAAUAUAUGAAAGCAGAGAGCGAUGGGCCAUACCAUAUGGAAGACAUGUUUUUCAUGCUGACAUAGCAAACCUGCUGAGAGAAAAUCUGACUGGGAACCUGAAAAAGCACUUAAGGAAUGACUCAGAUGUUCUUUCAUUUCUCAAGCAUCUUGGGAAGAUGGUUACUGAUUGGCACUACAAGGAAUUAGAAGCCAAUUAUGACAUGAGCCAGCGUAUGCCAGCCCUGAUGGGGGAUGUUGUUACAUUAAAGCACGCAAGAGACCCGUAUACGCCAGAGAUAUUUGAGUUAUUCCAGAAGGAAUAUGAAGCAAGUUUAAAUCUAGUGGUAAAGCAUUGCACUGAGAGUGGAUCCCUGUAUAUUUAUAAAGUUAGUAUAUAUGAACAAGCGCGAGAGUACACUGUUACUUUUGAUUCUUUUAAUGAGAAAAUCAGUUGCAGCUGUAUGAAAUUUGAGUAUUUGGGAGUCUUAUGCUGCCAUGCUUUAAAAGUUCUUGAUUAUCGGAACAUAAUGAUAGUCCCAUCCCAGUACAUCUUAAAGAGAUGGACAAAAGAUGCUAGAAUUUGAACUCUUUAGUGUUUGGAGGCAAAUUUUGAACGCUUCUCAUCUGCACUUCUAAUUAAACAAGAACCAUGGCUGUCAGUUUUGUAAGGUGGCAUUUCAUUUGCUAAAAAUCUUCAAGGUAGAAAGGCAGCCUACAUGUAUGAAUCUUAUGUGAAUAUAUUUGUACAUCAUAUUCCUGAAAGUUUAGCUGUAUUUGCAUCUUACUCUGUUUCUUUUGUGGAAAAGAUUGGCGUUUGCAGUAAAUCUUUUCUUUGGUUAUUAAGAGCCAAUUUGUCUGGAUCUCAUGAUUACAGGCCAAUAUGGUAUUAGUGUAUGUUUGGAAACUCGUUCGAAAACUGCUGUGAAAACAAAAUCAUGGUGGACAUAAGCAAUUUCUCUUAGCUUUUGUUUCUGCCACCAUGAGUUUUUGUUUCACCCUGGCUUUUUAACGAAUUUUCGAACAUGCACUUACCUAUUUCUAGGUGCUACUCGGAAAGUUUUUCCUGCAACUUAAACAUACGU